CGGUGGCGGCUGGUUCUGCGCCGGAUCCCGGAGAGGGGCGGGCGCCAUUGUGCUUGGUUGUCGACUGCUCUGCCUCAGUUAGAGGCCUACAACGCCAAGGAGGAAGGCGGCGGUGUGGUCGUUACGAGCCGGACGCGCUCAGUUCAGUGCGAACUCGGCAACGGGGGAUCCUUAAGAAUGGAAUCUAAACCUUCAAGGAUUCCAAGAAGAAUUUCUGUUCAACCCUCCAGCUCUUUAAGUGCUCGGAUGAUGUCUGGAAGCAGGGGUAGUAGUUUAAAUGACACCUAUCACUCAAGAGACUCUUCAUUUAGAUUGGAUCCUGAAUAUCAGUCUACAUCAGCAUCAGCAUCUGCAUCACCAUUUCGGUCUACAUGGUUUAGUGAAUCUGAGAUAACUCAGGGAGCUCGCUCAAGAUCUCAAAACCAGCAACGGGAUCAUGAUUCAAAAAGACCUAAGCUUUCUUGUACAAACUGUACAUCUACCUCAGCUGGGAGAAGUGUUGGACAUGGUUUAAAUGCAGUAUCAGAUUCUUCUUGGAGGCAUAAUCAAGUUCCCAGAUCUUCAUCAAUGGUACUUGGAUCAUUUGGAACUGACUUAUUGAGAGAGAGGAGAGAUUUAGAUAGGAGAGCAGAUUCCUCCAUUAGUAAUCUUAUGGAUUAUAGUCAUCGAAGUGGUGAUUUCACAACUUCAUCAUAUGUGCAAGACAGAGUUCCGACUUCAUAUUCACAGGGAGCAAGACCAAAAGAGAACUCAGUGAGCACUUUACAAUUGAAUACAUCAUCAACAAACCACCAAAUGCCUUCUGAACAUCAGACUAUACCAUGUUCUAGGGAUGCCAGUAGAAAUUCUUUAAGAUCAAAUUUUUCUCCAAGAGAAUUGGAAUCGCCCUCAAAUACCACACACCCUGGAUUUUCUUAUAUUUCAAAUAGAGAUGAAACCUCAACCAUGAGCAGUUCAGAUAGAGUUGGUUCAUCUCAAAGAUCAUUUCAAGAAUCUUCUGAUAAUGAAGGUAGACGUACAACCAGAAGAUUGCUGUCACGUAUAGCUUCUAGUAUGUCAUCUACCUUUUUUUCACGAAGAUCUAGUCAGGAUUCUUUAAAUACAAGAUCAUUGAGUUCUGAAAAUUCUUAUAUUUCUCCAAGGAUCUUGACAGCGUCACAAUCUCGUAGUAAUGCAGCAUCAGCUUCUGAUGCUUCUGAUAACAGGGCAUCUGAAGCUUCUCAGGGAUUUCGAUUUCUUAGACGAAGAUGGGGUUUGUCAUCUCUUAGCCAAAAUCAUAACUCUGAGCCAGAUUCAGAGAAUUUUAAUCAAGAAUCUGAAAGUAGAAAUACAGGACCAUGGUUAUCUUCCUCACUUAGAAAUAGAUGCACACCUUUGUUCUCCAGAAGGCGGCGAGAGGGACGAGAUGAAUCUUCAAGGAUACCUACCUCUGAUAUACCAUCUAGAUCUCAUCAUAUUUUUAGAAGAGAAUCAAAUGAAGUGGUUCACCUUGAAGCACAGAAUGAUCCCCUAGGGGCUUCUGCCAAUGGACCACAAACUUUCGCGGCAUCAAGCAGUGCUGCUAGUAGUGGGUCCGCUUCAGAUUCAACUCACAGUGGAAGAAAUACGGGAAUAACAGGGAUCCUUCCUGGUUCCUUAUUCCGAUUUGCAGUUCCCCCAGCACUUGGGAAUAAUUUGACUGACAAUGUCAUGAUCACUGUAGAUAUUAUUCCUUCAGGUUGGAGUUCAUCUGAUGGGAAAAAUGAUAAGACUAAAAGUAUGCCUUCGAGAGACCCAGAAAGACUACGGAAAAUAAAAGAGAGCCUCCUUUUAGAGGACUCUGAAGAAGAAGAAGGUGACUUAUGUAGAAUUUGUCAGAUGGCAGCUGCCUCCUCAUCUAACUUGCUGAUAGAACCAUGCAAGUGUACAGGAAGUUUGCAGUAUGUCCACCAAGAGUGUAUGAAAAAGUGGUUACAGGCCAAAAUUAAUUCUGGUUCUUCAUUAGAAGCUGUAACUACCUGUGAACUCUGUAAAGAGAAGUUGCAACUUAACCUGGAGGAUUUUGAUAUUCAUGAACUACAUAGAGCUCAUGCAAAUGAACAAGCUGAAUAUGAGUUUAUCAGCUCUGGUCUCUACCUAGUCGUGUUACUGCACUUGUGUGAACAGAGCUUUUCAGAUAUGAUGGGAAAUACAAAUGAACCAAGCACACGUGUUCGACUUCAGAGGAUGAUUCCGAAGAAGAUGGAGACCAUAACAGAACAUUUGAUAUUGCCUAACUUCAUAUAAGACAAAAGGAUGGUCUGUGAACAAGUGUGUUUAUUAAAACUGGCAAUUAAGUAUGAAUUAAUUUGUGAGGAAUGCCUGUUGAGUACAUUGGCUAUAUAUAUAUAAUGAAUAUAUAUAUACAGAUGUAUGCAUGUAUAUAUAUAUUCACUCACGAGUGUUGCUGAAUUUAAAUUCCAUUACUGGACCUUUUAAGAUGCCAGUGAAAUCUGAUGUUUAUAAACUGGUAAUCAAAAGUAUUUUUCUUUUAGGUGAGUGGGAAAAUGUUACCCUUGUUUUAAAUAGCUAACUAAUGCUGACAGCUCUUUUGUGUUCUGAUUACUGUAGUCAUAUUUAUGAAAAGGUUCAUGUUUUAGUCUCUUGCUAGUGAAAAAAGUGGGACAAAGUAUCCUUUUGAAACAAAAUGCCAAGUGGCACCUAAUUACUUUUCCUUUUAAAAUGCCUUAAGUUACAGUCUCGUUUUCACAAUCAUUUAUUUCCAGUGUUUUACAAAAACAAAAUGGGAAAGGGGGUGUAAUGAGCAUUAUAUUAGGUUUCCAAAUUUGAUUCUAAAUUCACUUAGCAAUAAAAUUUAAUUUUUAAAAAGGUAUUUAAAUAUAAAAUGUAUAAAUGAUGGAUACAUUUUUGUACUGAUUGCAAAUGCAGAUUAUAUUUGAUAGGCUAUAGCAUGUAGAUAUUCCUUUUAGGAAUAUUACAGCUGUAAAUUAAAUCAGAAUUGCCAGUCAAGUGCGAUUUGAUUUCAAAAAAUCUCAAGUUAACGAAAUAUUUUUAAAUCCCACAUUCAGAGUUUAAAAACACUGGUUUUCAACAUGUUUUUUUAGUGUUGUCACUUCUUUAUAGAUAAAUGAUAUAAAUAACCUCUUUAGAUCCUGGUCCUUUGUAAGCUGUUCCUUGAUAAUUCUGAGCAUUUAUUUGGUGAUUUAAUAUUUUUCAUUACCUUUGGAGAACAUACAAAAUUAUUCACCAUGAAUAAUUACUAUUAUUCACCAUGAAUAAUUAUUCACCAUGAAUGUGGCCAUGAGUUAUAUUCACUUCCAUAACUGUAUAUUUCCUUUGUCAACAUCCAUAGACGAUACUCAGAAACACCUUCAGGUGGUUUUUGAUUAAAUAAAAGUCUUUAUGUCAUGGCAGCAAAGUAUUUUUUCAGAGCCUAAGUUGGAACCAUGUAAUUUUCCAAACGUGAAUAAACAGUUUGCCCACACUUUGUUGGUCUUAUGUGAAAUCUUGGCUUGAAAUAAAGAACAUACUGAUUUACUUUAGAGUUUGAAAUAUUUCUUUUUAAACUGAUACUUAAAGAAGGCCUCAACCUUACAGUCAAGAAUUAAAAUUUCAAAUCCCAUUUCAUACAGAAGGAAUGUUUUUUAAACAGUGGUUCAAUUUGCUUACAUAUCUUACUUGAAGCAAAAUUUAAAAUGUCAAUUUGUUUGUAUUGAACUUAUAUAAGUAAUGCUAUGAAUCCAAUUGAAGGGAACUUCUUUUUUUUGUGGAUCUUUAGGUAUGUUUUAUAUUGAUAAUGGAAUGUCUUAUGUUAACCCACAGAAAUUUUUAUUUAAAAAUUUUAAUGACCCAUAAAAUUCCCUUAAAAAUGACCUACCAAAAUGGGAAUUGGUCUACCUUCACACAGUGGAGAAACCUAUUUUUUGGAAGAAUUGCCACUGGGUAGAAGUUACCAAAUGAACACGAAAAUGUAAUCUUAGUUGUAUGGGCAUUAGCGGAAGAAGAGAGUCUAUAGAGUAUUUCUUUCCAAUAAAACUUUCUGUGAUAAUGGAAAUGUUCUAUAACUUGGAUUGCCCAAUGUGGUAGCUACUAAAUCAUGAAGUUUGAGCAUUCAAAAUGUACUUCGUGCAGUUGAGGAACUGAAUUUUAAUAUAUUUAAUUAGCCACGUGUGGCUAGCGGUUACCAUUUUCAACAUUAUAGGAAAAGAAAAUGGUUGCUUUUUAGUUCUCAAAGAAACAGACUUAAAAUAGAAAAUACAUGAAGAAAUUCCAGUCAUUUAAUAUUCAUCAUUGGUACUAUUAAAAGCCCAUCAGUAGGACCCUCCCUAGUGGCGCAGUGGGUUAAAGUACACUAUGAAGCUGGUGACAGCAGCUUCAGAGUGAGUUCAAUCCCCAGCCAGAGAGGUGACCCACAUGGUGCA